AGUCACUCUUUCUCUCUCUCUCUCUCUCUCUCUCUGCAUUCCGAACUUCUCUGCAACUCGAGAAAGCAACUCGAGAUGCUGCAUUCGGUCCCUUCGUUCUCCGUCUUCGUCUCGACCGACGACGAGGCCGGCGACCACCAUCGCCGGGAGGAGGAUGAUGCCGGCGCCGGCGAGGCGCUCCAGAGGACCGUGACGAUCGCCGGCGGCAUACCGGCCGUCGGCAGCGCGGAGUUCAGCUUCGGGAAGAAGGCUAUGGGACUGAUCGAGGAGGAGGAGCGGGGAGGGCGACGGCGACGGCGGAGGUGACGCGGGAGGGAGGGAGGAGCUGGGGCUGAGGAACGAGUUGGUGGUGGCGGCGGCGAUGGCGAGCGGGAGCCGGCGAGCCCGCCGAUGUAUCUCGCCGCGGGCCUCGGGAUCGGGAAUGCCGAUUUCGGCGGCGAGUCGAGCGGCGGCGGCCUCGGGUUGAAUCUGCCGGAGUUCGACGGCGACGGCGACGCGGAGGAGUUUUACGGGAGGAUGGUGAAUGAGUUCCCGUGCCAUCCCGUGUUCUUGAGGAACUAUGCUCAGGUUUUGCAGUCAAAGGGGGAUCUUCAUGGAGCAGAGGAUUACUACUAUCGUGCUACACUAGCCGAUCCUGAAGAUGGUGAGAGUUUAGCGCAGUAUGCUAAAAUAGCUUGGGAGCUCUAUCAUGAUAAAGAGAGGGCUUUAAGCUAUUAUGAGCGUGCAGCUUUAGCCGCAGCGAACAAUAGCCAUGUCCUAGCAGCAUAUGCCAGUUUCCUUUGGGAGCUAGGAGAUGAGAAUGUAACAGAUGGAGUACAAGAAAAUCACCUCCAGGGAAUUUUGGACGACAAAGAAGUUUUGGCUUCCGAGAAAGAAAAAUCAGUUGAAAUUCCUGCAACCGGAUUUGACUUUGCUAAUUUUACUGCAACUGGUACUGGUGGGGAGAAUAUUGAAGAGAAUUAUAAACAUAUGAUUGAGGAAGAUCCAUCCAACCCCCUGAUUUUGAAAAGUUAUGCUCAGUUCUUAUAUCAGGCAAAGUGAGAUCUCAAAGGAGCCGAGGAAUACUAUUCACUUGCUAUUCUCACUGAUCCAAUGGACAGUGAAGCAUUGGUAGUGUAUGCUAAGCUGGUUUGGCAACUUCACCAUGACCAUGAUAAGGCAUCAUCUUAUUAUGAACGAGCUAUUCAAGCAACGCCUACAGACAGCCAUAUUCUUGCUGCAUAUGCUAGUUUCCUUUGGGAGACAGAGAACGACGACGAAAAUGGAAGUGACUCCGUCCUCCCCAAUACUGUUUCUCUGCAAGAAGCUAUCAGUUCUUCAAGUGCUUAGCUUGCAACUUACCUAGUCAACAUAGACCUCAGAAAACCGACCAUUUCAGGUGAAGCUUCGGGUUCUGCUAUAAUUUCAGCCGUGAGACAUAGGGAGACAGAUUAUUAAGAGGUCAUGAUGAGGAAGGAGCCUCUUAAGUCCACCAAGUUGAGAUCGGUUAGUGUCGUCCGCUGCCGGAAGUGAAAAAGUCGGGACACGAAACCAAUUUUGUGGGCAAAUAUCGAAUGAUGUAUAUGAAUACACAUGUAUGAGUUGGUAUUAAUUUUACGAAUAAGUCGGAAUAAAGGGGGUUCACAUUAGCGGUCGAGGAAGGGACUGAAAUCAGUCGUGGGAUGCGGUUGAGUAAUGCAGUGAAAUGUGCUUUGCCUCUCGUACCAUUUAGGUUGUGUAAUUUUUACGUUGGAUGAACCCUGCUGCAAAGGAGGACAAUUGAUCCCGCUGAGCAGCUUGGGAA